ACCCUCAGAAGAAACUAAAAGUUCUACUGUUCUACUACUACAAACUACAAAUAAUGUCUUCAUGCAAAGCUAUUGGUAUCGACCUCGGUACUACGUACUCGUGUGUUGGAAUCUAUCAGAAUGGAAAGGUUGAGAUCCUCGCCAACUCGGAAGGAAAUAAGACAACUCCAUCAUACGUGGCAUUCACAGAUACGGAAAGAUUGGUUGGAGAUGCAGCAAAAGAUCAAGCAGCUCGUAAUCCAGAGAAUACAGUAUUUGAUGCAAAAAGAUUGAUUGGACGACGUUUCGAUGAAUCAACAGUUCAAUCAGACUGUAAGCAUUGGCCAUUUGGAGUGAAAGGAAAACAAGGAAAACCAGUGAUUGAAGUUGAAGUGAAAGGAGAAAAGAGGCAAUUCAAUCCAGAAGAGAUCUCUGCAAUGGUACUCCAAAAGAUGAAGGAAACAGCUGAGACUUAUCUCGGACAUACCGUGAAAGAUGCAGUUAUCACAGUUCCUGCAUACUUCAAUGAUAGUCAGAGGCAAGCAACAAAGGAUGCAGCUACCAUUGCUGGACUCAAUGCAAUUCGAAUUAUCAAUGAACCAACUGCUGCUGCUCUUGCAUAUGGAUUGGAUAAAGGAAUUCAAGAUGAGAAGAAUGUAUUGAUCUUCGAUCUCGGAGGAGGUACAUUUGAUGUUUCAAUUCUUUCAAUUGCUGAAGGAUCGAUAUUCGAAGUGAAAUCAACUGCUGGUGAUACCCAUCUCGGAGGAGAAGACUUUGAUCAACGAAUGCUUCAACACUUUAUGAAUGAGUUCAAAAGGAAGACCGGAAAGGACAUUUCACCCAAUCCACGAGCCAUCCGACGUCUCCGAACUGCUUGUGAACGUGCCAAGAGAACACUUUCAAGUUCAUCGGAAGCAUGUGUUGAAGUUGAUUCACUGUUUGAAGGAAUUGAUCUAUGCACAAAGAUCACUCGUGCUCGUUUCGAAGAACUGUGUGCUGAUCUAUUCCGGAAAACUCUGGAACCAGUUGAGAAGGCUCUUCGAGAUGCUAAACUUGACAAAUCAAAGAUCGAUGAAGUUGUGUUGGUCGGAGGAUCCACUCGUGUUCCGAAAAUUCAAAAAUUGCUGAAAGACUUCUUCAAUGGAAAGGAAUUGAACUGCUCCAUCAAUCCAGAUGAAGCAGUUGCAUUUGGUGCUGCAGUUCAAGCAGCUGUACUUUCUGGUGUCAAGGAUGAAACAAUCAAGGAUGUGUUGCUGGUUGAUGUUGCUCCAUUGAGCCUUGGAAUUGAAACAGCUGGAGGUGUGAUGACCAAUCUGAUUGAUCGAAACACUCGAAUUCCAACAAAAGCCUGCAAAACAUUCACUACAUAUGCUGACAAUCAACCAGGUGUCUCAAUUCAAGUGUAUGAAGGUGAACGUGCAAUGACUCGUGACAAUCAUCGCCUUGGAACAUUCGAAUUGUCUGGAAUUCCACCUGCUCCACGCGGUGUUCCACAAAUUGAAGUCACUUUUGAUAUUGAUGCAAAUGGAAUUCUCAAUGUGUCAGCUGAGGAUAAAUCAACUGGAAAAUCCAAUCGAAUCACAAUUCAAAAUGAGAAAGGACGGCUGACACAAUCAGAUAUUGAUCGAAUGGUUCAUGAAGCUAAACAAUUCGAAAAGGAAGAUGGUGAACAACGGGAACGUGUUCAGGCUCGUAAUCAAUUAGAAGCAUAUGCAUUCCAAAUCAAGCAGGCUCUUGAUGAGUAUUCAUCAAAACUAUCAACUGAAGAUGCAUCACGUGCAAAAGAAGCUGUUGAUGAAACACUUCGUUGGUUGGAUUCCAACUCAUUGGCUGAAAAAGAUGAAAUUGAAGCAAAGGAUAAGGAAUUGAAAUCAGUUUGUCAAUCAAUUCUCACUAAAAUGCACCAAUCUGGACAAUCUUCUGCUUCUGCUGGAUGCGCUGGAAAUCCUGGAACUGCUGGAUUCAAUCCUAACAAUUAUCCACAAGGACCUACUGUUGAGGAAGUUGAUUAAUUUAAUGUUGUAUUAUUCUUGAUCUCUUGUAUUAUUUCCUUGUUACGAGCCAACUUUUAAUGUAUACCUGUUAAUAUUGUUCUAAUAAAUUUACAAAAAUCUAAA